AUGGAAGUCCGAAUGUGUGAAUAUGAAACCAACUUUACUGCAGUCAGAUGUUCAGCGUCCUCAAAGGAGCUUCAUGAUACAGUCAAACUACACAGAGUCAACACACAGAGAACCAACAGUGAUCUGUUUCAGUGUUUGAGCUUCACAGACUUGUGUAAUAAUUUCCUUCAUCUGCAGGAGUUUCCAUGCUUCACAGAGAGAGCAGAACAGAACACAAUCUUCAUCAUCACACAAGACACAACAACAACAAUUAACAACAUCAUCAUCCUCAUCUGGACUCUCUCACUGUUUGCUCAAGAGUGUAGAGGACAGUACACUGUAACUCAGAGUCCAUCAUUAAUAACAGCAGCUCAAGGACAAGAAGUCAGAAUUAACUGUAAAACCAGCAGUAGAGUGUGUAAUGGUAAUGUGUUACACUGGUACUUACAGAAACCUGGAGAAGCUCCUAAACUCCUCAUAUAUCAGACAUCAAACCAUUACACUGGAACUCCUUCUAGAUUCAGUGGCAGUGGAUCUGGCAGUGAUUUCACUCUGACCAUCAGUGGAGUCCAGACUGAAGAUACAGGAGAUUAUUACUGUCAGAGUCUACAUCUGUGUUCACACAGGUGGAGUGAUUGUGAUCCUCUCAGAAUAGAGCAGCUCUGUCUCCAGAGACCAUGUUCAAACCCCAAGAGCUUUAUUUGA